AGCCCGAAACACCAACCUCAUUCUUAUUAGGCCUCAACAAAUAUCCCGUGCAUCUCGCUACUUUGCGGGGGCACUUUUCCCAUUCUUUACCACCCAGUUCCUUGUCUUCCAUUUUGCAUUGCCUCCUCAGACCGUCAAUUUAUUUCAAUUGCCGUCCUAAUAUAACGAUGCUUUGCACAAACUGUCACGCCCAACUCCGAGACGCUCUUGACUCGUUAGACCGCCGGGCCGCCGCCUGUCACGACGUCUUGCUCGAGCCGCCCGUAUACAGAUCCACAACCCACGCGUUAAACCUGGUUGGGGAUCUCCGUGAUUUCCACAAUUCCAUUUUACUGGGAUGUUUCAUCUGUCGACGCAUCUGGAGGAGUAUUUCCUCAUGGGCCCACGGGCGCCGUGACGACUUUCAGCGCGCCAUCCCCGAGACCUACAGCGAAUUCACCAGCGAAGUCAGUCAUAUUGACCACCUUACCGGACGAUCCGAUCCCACCGGGUCCCACCCCUUUCCGUCAGGGAUCCAUGCCGAGGUAGUGAUGGACCGGACCUACAAGCACGGCAAGAUUUUCGUGGAAGGGUUGGGUGGUGGCAACUCAGGUCGCCGGUGGAUGCUACGUUUCUCCUUGCGGUCCGCCAAAAAAAGAAACAGCCGAGUUCAAACGGGAUCCAUAAGCGUCGAGGCACUCGGUGCCUCUACAGCGUCCGUACCUCAGUUAUGGGACCGUUGGUUUCGAACCUGCUUGAGUUCACACCAUGUCUGCCGUUCACUGGAACCAAGAGACGCCUCAGGCUUCGUGCCAAAACGACUCAUCAAAGUGCUACCACCCGCCGGAGAGCUCAGUCAACUCAAGUGGCAUCUGAUCUUCCCCAACGGCACCGAACCAAUCGACUACGUUACAUUGGGCCACUGCUGGGGUUCUCACCAGCCAACCCAGCUGACCGAUUCUACGCUUCCCGCAUUUUCACAAAAGGGCUCAGCCGAAGACUUACCCAAGACGUACCGGGAUGCUCUUCAGAUAGCCCUUACGCUGGGGAUUCCGUACAUCUGGAUCGACUCCCUCUGCAUCAAACAAGACGACAAGUCUGACUGGCUCGAGCAAUCACCCCUCAUGGCGUCGAUAUACGGCAAUGCGCGUUGCAACAUUGCGGCUACAUGGGCGUCGGACUGGACCGAGGGUUGCUUUAGCAAGCGAGACCCUUUCAUGGUCGUGGGGACCACGGUUGACACCAGCCAUGGAAAAGGGUACCAGAUCCACCUUCGCCAUGGGUGGUCCGAUGAAGUCACCGAUACGCCCCUCAAUCGUCGCGGUUGGGUCGUUCAGGAACGUUGUCUGGCACCAAGACAGCUUGUCUUCACCAAACAUCAGGUAUAUUGGGAGUGUGCUGAGCACGUUGCCUCGGAGCAAUUCCCGGACGGUCUACCAGAGGGUAUGUGGCAAGAGGACAGCGCUACAACCCUACUGUUUCCAUCAAACCCAAAGCCGAGGCUGCUCUUCGAGAGCGAGCAAGACUGCCGCAAUGCUUGGUGCUCGCUUGUCGAGCAGUAUUCCAUGUGCAGACUCACUCAACGCUCAGACAAGAUGAUCGCCAUCGCGUCACUCGCAGAGUCCCUGCGGAAGCACACAGGCGAUACCUACCUGGCUGGCCUGUGGGAAAAGGAUCUCCUGGACCAGCUAUACUGGCAUCAGAACCUGUUCACCUGGGACGAAGCAAUGAGCCCGACACGUAACACGCACGCGCCGUCUUGGUCCUGGGCAAGUCUUGACGCACACAUACAAACGGACGAGGCGUAUCAUUCUGAUCCCGGUCGUAUGCACCUUGCAGAAGUCUUGGGGGUCUCGGUCGUCUCGGACCAUCCCGCAGGUCUGCACAGCUUUACAUCAGCCGAACUGCAGAUUCGGGCCAUCGCACUAUGGGCCACGUAUACCGAAGUAGACGGGAUCUGCACGGGAUAUCGGAAAGACUAUGUGGUGUCGAUAUGGUGUCCCCGUGAACCCGGGUCACAGUCCCGCGGCUAUUAUCUCGCCGACGAUGAUGACAUCAAUUUCUUCUGGGAUGAGUAUCCGACCCCAGGCGACGGCUUAGCCGAGUCUGAAAACCGGCGGCGUCUCCAAGAGCAACGAAGCUCAGAACUUCUACUGUUCUUUCUCAGUUUCACAAAGUCCAAGUCGCGGUCAUGGAAUGAAAUGGAAGGCCUAAUACUAUCGAGGACACGAAGGGGGACGUUUGUGCGAGUCGGUUGUUUUAGUUGCUCGGAGACCAUCCUGGACGAGGUUAUAAACAAAGGGUUAGGGAGACGUUUGGACCUCGGUUCUCGAAUCAACCUCUCAGAUCCUGGACUAAGUAGCUUGGUGAGGUCCGUUACUAUACUAUAGAGCGUGUUGUUCCCAUAGAUAUUUGAAGAAGUUCCGGGACACCACCGUGAGAAGCGGUCGUUUUUGGGGGGUUCAUCAACAGCAUAACCCGCCACAUGCAACUUGCGCGAUGCCAGUUCUUCAAGCUCUCGAUUCCGGAUGGGCAUAAUGCCACAAUGAACGAUAACGGGUGGCCGAAUCUGUUCCCCUAAACCAAAAUACACCAGAAAACGGGGGUUACUUCGCCGUGGCGAAGGACUAAGACAUGACUCAACGGAGGCCUACCGGACAACCAAAAGGCUCUGCCGCGGCCCAUCUCAAAGUCUGCAUUUAGAAACGGCCAGCAUAUAUCGCU